GUUUUUAGAGUUAGGGUGGGGGGAUUGCUAUAUAAGCAGAGAAGGAUGGCAGAGCAGCCAUCACCUCACUUCAGAAAAGCUUACAUGUUUACUUUCUGUUAAAACCCAGUUUUCUUUUCCUUAUGCUUCACUAAUCCCAUGAAAAUUUGUCCUCUUCUUGUGUCAUAUAUAUCUGCAAGAGAGUGACAUCAUUUAUAUCCUUAACUUGUUCAUAUAAUCAUUUGUUCGAAUACACAUAGCUUAAUCUUGAUACAAAAGAAUGGGUCUCUCAAGUCUCCCAGCCCCAUCAGAAGGAGUGCUAUGUGUACUCUUGGUAAACACAGCUUUAUCCAUAUCUAUGGUUAAAGGCAUAAUUCGAUCAAUCCUUCACGUUGUCGGUAUCCAUCUCUCCUCCUCCUCGUCCUCCUCCUCCUCGUCAUCAUCAUCAUCACCGCCAUCCUCGGAUCUUAUUGAAAUCCCUGCGGUAUCAUUCGACAUCAGCAUCGGUAAUGCUGAUAGUUACAUUAAAGAGUUCCGGAGCAGGAUGCCAUCGACCCGGUACGAUGCGGUAUGUAGCGGCAGUCAACCGGAGCAUGACUGUUCAGUUUGCCUGACUAGGUUCGAACCAGAAUCAGAGAUUAACCGCUUGUCCUGCGGUCAUCUGUUUCACAAGGUAUGCUUGGAAAAGUGGUUGAACUAUUGGAAUGUCACAUGCCCUCUUUGCAGGAACGCUCUGCUGCCCGAAGAUGAUCCGGCCUACUUUUGGUGAGCAUGCGGAGAUUUUCGAAUUUUCCAUGUACAGCGCGUUUAUUGUACAGGGUUUCUGAAGUUGUAUGCUCAUCUCACUUAUGUUCGGUUCAUCCAGAUUUUGUUAUGUCUCCUGUUUUCGAUUAGUGGAAUCAAAAUCUGCUGACAGACAGGAUUACUACCUUGUAAUGGCUGUAGCUGUUGUUGUGUAAUAUGAUAAUGUCAGGUUUCUGAUGUUAUUUUUUUAUGGUAUCUCUUGCAAUUUAUGUUU